CUUACUGGCCGAUCAACCUUCCCAGUACCCACUUUAACUCCAAAGUGACUGCUACAAGCUUCCCCGCAGAUGUCUGCUCCUGUGUAAAGUCACUUCAUAAGUUAGCUUGCGACUUGCUAACUGCUUAACAAUACAUUGUUAAACGGAUGCUGUAGAUUUCAGGGCUGCUUCUAUAAACGUCUGGUGGAGAUAUGAACCUUUCUAAGGUCCAGAUCUUGCUGGCAUGGAUUCUCAGUGUGCUUGCCGGUCCAGUAUUCUGCUCAGAGGAUGAGACUCGACUGGUGAAAACCCUGUUUACUGGUUACAACAAGGUGGUUCGUCCUGUUAACCACUUCAGCGAGGCCGUAGUGGUCACCGUGGGACUGCAGUUAAUACAACUUAUCAGUGUGGAUGAAGUUAACCAGAUUGUGACCAGUAAUGUCCGUCUCAGACAGCAAUGGUUAGAUGUGAACCUGAAGUGGAAUCCGGAUGAAUAUGGAGGCAUCAGAAAGAUCAGAGUCCCUUCAACCGACAUAUGGAAACCUGACCUGGUGCUCUACAACAAUGCUGACGGUGACUUUGCCAUCAUCCAUGAAACCAAAGUCCUGUUGGAGCACAGUGGGAAGAUAACAUGGAACCCUCCAGCCAUCUUUAAGAGUUACUGUGAGAUUAUUGUGCUCCAUUUCCCAUUUGACCUGCAGAACUGUAGCAUGAAACUGGGAACCUGGACAUACGAUGGCCUGCUGGUCGUCAUCAACCCAGACAGCGAUCGGCCUGACCUCAGUAAUUUUAUGGAGUCGGGUGAAUGGGUGCUGAAGGACUACAGGAGCUGGAAACACUGGGUUUACUACACCUGCUGUCCCGACACACCAUACCUUGACAUCACCUACCAUUUCCUGAUGCUGCGGCUGCCUCUCUAUUUCAUUGUCAACGUCAUCAUUCCCUGCAUGCUGUUCUCUUUCCUCACCGGACUGGUCUUCUACCUGCCUACUGAUUCUGGUGAAAAGAUGACUCUGUCCAUCUCUGUCCUGCUGUCUCUGACUGUGUUCCUGCUGGUUAUUGUGGAGCUGAUCCCCUCUACCUCCAGCGCCGUUCCUCUCAUUGGGAAGUACAUGCUCUUCACAAUGGUGUUUGUCAUCGCCUCCAUCAUCAUCACUGUCAUCGUCAUCAACACACAUCACCGCUCGCCCAGCACGCACACCAUGCCCCCCUGGAUCCGCAAGGUCUUCAUCGAAACCAUUCCCAACAUGAUGUUCUUCUCAACAAUGAAGCGUCCCAGUCAGGAGAUCCGGCAGAAGAGACUGUUCCCUACUGACAUGGACAUCUCUGAUAUAUCAGGUAACCCCACCCCCACCAGUGUCACCUACCAGUCUCCCAUCACUAAAAACCCUGAUGUUCGCAGCGCCAUUGAAGGGGUGAAGUACAUCGCUGAGACCAUGAAAUCAGACGAGGAAUCUAACAAUGCAGCAGAGGAGUGGAAGUUCGUCGCCAUGGUUUUGGACCACAUCCUGCUCUGUGUGUUCAUGGCCGUGUGCAUCAUCGGGACGCUUGCCGUCUUUGCCGGGAGACUCAUCGAGCUCAACCUGCUGUACGCCUGACCCACAAAGGAGGGUUUUCUGUAAUCUGGAUAGAGGUCACACUUGGAGAUGCAUCAGAAAAGUCUUCAUCAUUGGACUUUAGGCUGGGUUUUCUCUUUUUCUCUCUCCUUCUCUCAAACAGUUUGAGUUGAUUUUUAAAUGCUGCAACUUCACCUUUCACCGUGUCACCUUCGAAUGUGUGAGUUUGUGUAUUUGAGGAGAAUGCAGUUAAAGACAAAUCCAGGCAUCUCACAGGCAUGGGUCUCUAGAUGGGUCAUACUUGAAGUUGUUACUAACAGGUUUUCUAAUUUCUUUUCUACAGUGUGUUAUUGCUGCGAUUCACUCUUGUGGGCUGUAUUUUAUUACUCGUAUGUAAAAACAAUAACAGUAAUAAUUGAUUUAUUUUGUCUUUUCUGGCAGCUUGAUUUAAGGUUUGGUUCUGAGGAUUUAAUUAAAUGUUGAAACAGAAAAAAACUUUAACAUCAGAAGACUUUCAUUUCCAGUGUUGUGAGGAUGCAGACUGACAAUGGAUAUUAUUAGAAAACCCCAUUACUGUAGGUCAGUCGAGAGAGUGAAUGUCUAUGUAGAAACCUGGAUGUUACAGGUAGGAAAGGAAGAUGUGUUCAGCUUACUCAUUUAAUUGUAUUUCAAUCCAAUUUAAAGAGUCUGGUUGAUGAAAUAGUCUUGGUCUUUGAGUGCAGGCAAGAUAUUUUCCUGCCUGGAAGUUUUAUUGUUUUGUUUUGCCUGACACUCAUUUGACUUCUAAACGUCUCAUUUAUAUUUAUGGGUUGAGGUUGUGAAUUGUGCAAACAUUCAUGGGUUAGUGGCAAGGUUUGCUUUGUUACUGAUGCAUGUAAAUUCCUCUUAACACUGUUGUACAGUUUGUCGAGAGCUCAUUAGUUUUUAACCCCAUACUGAAGGUCUGGGGUUAAAAAUCUAUGUAAACUGAUCUGCUGCUUUAAAAAUAACUCAUUGUAGGGCUGAGUUGGUGAAUGUAUCGAGGAAUGUAGAGCCAACAUUUGUCAGAGAAACUGUUCCUCUGUAACGGUUUUGCUUAGUCACUCAUGGAGCUUUUCCACUAGUGACCAUACAUCCAAAGGAUUAUUUGAAUAAAUUAGGUCAAAUAAUUGUUACUCAUUUAUGGAAUGUGGGAUUAGAAUUGUGUGUUUGGUGCAGCUUUAAUUGUGCCGUAGAAAAUUCAGUGGCAUAGCAAAAGAACAUUGUUGUGAAUGUGAAAAAUAUUCAUGAAAUUUUAAUUUGAAAUAUCACAGGUGCGGUGUUAGCUGCCUGUUACCAGCAACCAGCUGAAGGCAAAUUGAUUUAUUUUGCAGCUGUGAUUCCUUAUGAGACUGCUGUCCUAUUGUGCUCAUGUAUUGUUUUUUAUAUUUGCAGUUAUGUAGAUGUGAAAGAGUGAAAAAUAAAAGUCAUUCAUCGUUAAUUUUAUGCCAUUAAAUCAUUAAUUGUAUUAUGGUGGUAUGGUUA